GCAAAGAGGUUCUCUCUAUCCGGGACACGAGCACUUGUGUUUAAAGUCACAAAGAGUCCGAAGACGAGCGCCCCUUGUGGCCUCGCACUGGCAUUACUGCAUCUCCCUGUUAACGGCGGAGGACAUAGUAACAGCAGCAUGGAUACAGAGUUGUUUAUGGAGUGUGAAGAGGAGGAGCUGGAGCCAUGGCAGCAGGUGGAUGACAGCGUGGAGGAGGACGACAUGGACUUCGACAGCUACUGUGAACCAGUGGAAGAUUCACUGUCUCCUCCUCCCGCCUCUGAGGUGCCACCUCCCAGACCUCCCUCCUCCCUCACAUCUGCUCCUGCAGCUUCAUCUUCCAUGCAGAAGAUCUCCUCCUCCACGAUCCCACCUCCUCCCUCACGCAUCGCGUCCUCGUCCUCCCUCUUGCGCCUCCCUGCCCCCUCCUCACCUGCUGUCUCAGCCCCGACUCUGAUGGCUCAGGCACCACCCCUCAUCCUGACACAGACAGGCGGGACGUUUCUCUUCCCAGCAGCCUCUGCCACAGGCAACACUCGGCCGAUCCUCCUCACCACACAGGGAUUUCCAGUGGUGAAUGCCGGUACUCCCCUGCUUCUGAACCUGCAGCCAGGUCAGACGGUUCAGCCGCUCACUGUGAUCCAAUCUCAGUCUUUGAGACACCUGAUACGUCCCAGUGUUGGUGUCCCAGUCCUCCCUCAGAGCCAAGCAGUCCAGACUAGACCAGCCCCCACCCAGCCAGGGUCCGCCGUCACCCCCAUGCAGCUGCCCACCACACUGGCAAUCCACACCGGCACCACUGCACCUGUUAAUCUCCAGUUGACCCAGCUGAGCAGCGCAAACUCCCUGAAGCUUGGAAGUUCUCCUGUCCUCUCCUCUGGUUCAGUCAACGGAGUCACCACAACUGCUUCAUUUAGCAGUGCAGCUCCUACUCCCUCUGUGGUCACGGUGCCAGGUGUGACCUCAGCACAGUCUCCUGAGCCCCCCAGGGUGGUGAUGAGUGUGGAGGAGUUCUACUACGGGACGUUUGAAGGAGACCUGAGUCUGAGAAAGCCACAAGCACUGGGGAGCAAAUCCUGCUCCUUCACCUGUCAUAUCUGCUCCUACAUCGCAGAGAACAACCUGAGGUUGAUGCAGCACAUGCUGCAGCACUCAGAGCUGAUUGGAGGAGGUGGUGGUGGAAGGAAGUGCUGCAGGUUCUGCUACCGACAGUUCUCUUCUCCGGUUCAGCUGAAGAGUCACCAGGAGCAGGUGCAUGGCCCUGCCCUCUCCACCUCUAUGUGUCAUAUAUGUGAGUGGGCGUUUGAGAACGAGCUGGCCUUCUUAAACCAUAUGAAGUUCAAUCACAAACCAGGGGAGAUGCCCUACAUCUGUCAGGUGUGUUCAUACCGUUCGUCCUUCUACUUGGACGUGCUGCAGCACUUUGCCAGCUUCCACAGGGACACUCUCUUUCUGCUCUGCGUGUUCUGUCUGAAGGUGACCAAGAACCCGCUCAGCUACCAGCAGCAUGUGCUGAGACACCAGAUAAACGAGGCCUUCCACUGCAACAGGUGUCGGCUGCAGUUCAUCUUUCUAAAGGAUAAGAUGCAGCACAGACUGGAAAACCAUCAUAGCUUUCGUCGACCUGCUCAGUUGCAGGGGCUGCCAUCAGGCUCAAAGGUGACCAUCAGGACCUUUGGAAAACUCAGGCCUCCAGUGACAUCAACAGGUGGUCGUCUUCUCCAGAGCCCCUCGUCUCUCAUCCAGCCAAUCCACAUUAAGACAGAGAAUCCAAAGUCUUCAAGCCAGAGGUGCCCUGUUCAGAGUCCCACCAAGAGGCCGGUCAGCCACCGAGUCCAUGUCAGCAGGACGCCGUGUGAUGGAAACAGGCUGGUGUGUUUGGAGUGUGGAACCGACGCCUCAGACUUCUCUGCUCACUACCCCACACACGUCCACUGUCUGCUGUGUCCAUACAGCAGCUGCUGCUCCAGGGCCUACGCUGCUCACAUGAUACACCACCACGUCCCGUGCUCCAAAGACGAAGCUCUUCCUCUGCACCAGAUGCCUCCUCCAUGCCUGUUCCUGCUGCGAUGCUCCCACUGCGACCUUGCCCCUCACACUGCAGAUCAGAUGGCCGAGCACCUGCUGGCGAACCCAGACCACGGCAGCGCCACCUGUCACACCAGGACCUACGUGGAAGAGGACCUCCAGCUGUGCCACAGUGAAGAGCCACCAUCAGAAGAGAGGAGACCAGGCCUGAACAAGGACCUGCCUCAUCCAUCCUGGAGGUCAGCGUGUAGCUGGACGCAGCCACAGAAAUGCAGUAGCAAACCCACCAUCAAUACGUUCACUCACAUCAGUGGGCCCCAUCACUACUUAUCCAAGAACAGUGACGCCAUUGAUUUUUUCAAUCUCAUCUUCCCCUCGGCGCUGGUGGAGCUGAUCACCAAUGAGACCAACGCUCACACCAAGACUUGCCAGUACCUGGGCUCCUGCCAUCCAGACUGGGUCCCCGUCACCACCCACGAGGUGAAAGGCUUCAUCGGCCUGGCCAUUCUUAUGGGGAUUCAUAACCUGCCUGACCCUUCUCACUACUGGUCCUGGAGUCACUAUGAAAACAGCUACACCUUCUACCGAGCUAUGAGCUUCAAGCGCUUCAGGCAGAUAGCGGCCAACAUUCGCAUGGGCAGCUUCACCACAGACGAGUACCGUGGCACCAAGAACCCCAGCGACUCGCUACACAUCUUCAGACCCAUGCUGGAGAUGCUUGGUGGAGCGAUGUGGACGGCCUACCGGCCGAACUGCUGCCUGACCGUUGACAGGGCGCUGCUGCCCAGCCUGGAGGCAACCUGCCACUCCAAGGGAAACCCAAAGACUCAGCCUCAGGUGUGGCUGCUGUGCGACUCCAAGUCGGGCUACUGCCACCGCUUUUCCAUUCAGCUGGGAGAGAAGGUGGGUGAGGAUCCGGGGUUCACUGUGGUUCCAGAGCUACUGAAAGGACUGGAGGACAAACACCACCAGCUCUACCUGACAAACUCACUUACGUCUGUUCCACUCAUGCAGAAGCUUUUGGACCAGGGCAUCUAUGCCUCCAGCUCCUUCCCUCGCUCAAACCCCGUUCUGCCAAAAGAGCUGUGGGAGGAGGGGCAUCUGGACAAACCUGGGGACUUUGUGCAGAGGCACUUUGGCCCCCUGCUGCUCACCCGCUGGAAGGACACCAAGGAGAUGGGUUGUCUCUCUACUAAUGCAGCUCCAGGGGAACCGGACAUCGUUUGGAGAAGGUCUCACACAAAUGUUGGCGGCCUAGACCCCAUCACCCGGCCCAUGGCCUUCCGUCUCCUGCAGGAGAACAUGCGAGGCGUUGACAUCUGCAAGCAGCUGCUGGCCUGCAACCCACUGGGAGGAAUCCAUCAGGACCGACACUGGCGCAGCCUCUUCUGGUUUCUGGUCAACCUGAGCAUCGUUAAUGCUUUCAUCUUACUCAGGGAGAGUCGUAAAGAAAACCCCCCUGCCUGGGUGCAAGGCGGCCUUUUUACCCAGGUUAGCUUCCGCAUGCGCUUAGGCAACCAGCUCGCCAAGUGUGCCCAGAAGUACUUUGAGACCAUGGAGAUUGCCGUCCCCCGUGGGGCGAGGACAGAGGCUGCAGAUGAAGCAGGUAAACGAAGCCACAACAUGACGAGGCUCAGCGCCGUCUCCGAGAGGUGCAGGCACUGCACCUUUAAAAGCAUCCGGAACCAGAGGGUGUACGGCUGCCGUGCCUGUAAAGCAAACCUGUCCAAGCGGCCGACCUCCUUCCUGGAGUAUCACGGUCUGUCAGCUGCCAGCAAAGGAUCAACAAAAGUUGGAAUAAUCAAGCACAGAAAAAGUGGUGCAGUGGAGCUGGACGGGGUUGAGCAUGACAUGGAUGAGGCGAUGGCUCCAGUGGAGGAGCCGGACUUCUCUGAAGAUGAAGACUUGGACAAUCUGCAUGAAAGGGAUGAAGAAUCGUUGAGCGAGGAGCAACGUCCAGGGUCCCGCCCGCCCUCUGCAGCUAUUGACCUCAGUCGACCUGGAACUGCUCUGUCCAACUCCAAAGAGCUAGAUGAUGUGUUUACUGACGGUCGGUUGAGAAUCGUCUUGUUUGCUCUAUGCGCCGGACUCCGUGAAGCCUCGAGGGUCUUUUCUACGGAGCUGGAGCGUAUCUGCCUGUGGCUGAGGGACGCCCACAAACACUUGAAGCGACCUGACCAAGAACAGACGCCUCACAUGGAAGGGGAGCACCGCAUGGUGGCCUGGGUGCUGUCCAUGCGUGAGCAGCAGCUUCCCAUCACCGAGACCAGCCUCCUCCAUCAAGCUUCCACUCUUAGGAGGAAGGGAGCGUUCACUGACUGCAUCUCCCAUGUCUGGGCAGUGAGCUUCAUGCUCCGGCACCGGCUGGGCCUGCAGAGCAACGGCAGCGCGGCCACGCUGGCUCGCACCCUGCCGGCUGAAUUAGCAGCCAAGGUGAAGUCCUUCCGGGCGUUCACCCAGAGGAUAAUACGGGUGCACCAGCUGUCGGACGGCGCAGUGGCUGCCAUGGAUGAACUGUGUCUCUUUGUGGACUUGAGCUUAGUUCAGAACCAGACUCACCGCUCGGAGGCCCUGCAGCUGACCGGCACCGUACCUCUGCUCACGGUCUCCCUGGCGGUUCUGGCCGAUGGUACCAUGCUGCCGUCUUUGCUGCAAGUGAACGGACCCGUGGCCGACAGAGUGCUGCCAGAGUUCAUCCUGCUGGAGGCCGCGACAGAGAGUCCGCUCGCAGAAGAUGCUUUGGCUGUUUGGAUGAACAAGGUUUGGCUUCAGCAUCUGUCUACACUGCCACAGGCCAGUAAGUCGGUGCUGCUGUUGGACAGACACCGGGAGCACAUGGCCGAUCACUUUUUGACUUCCGUUAGCGGGUCGGGGACGCUGCCAGCAGUGAUCCCUGCAGGCUGCUCCUUCUGUCUCCAACCGCUGGAGCUUUGCCUGAAGCCAGUGCUGCAGCGUUUUCUGCUGUCACGCUGGGCAGAGUUCACCACUGCAGAAUGCGAGCGGCUCAGAGACACAUCACCAGGUCGGCUCCAAACCAGUGUGGCUGAGCUUCUGGUUGACUGGCUGGUGGAAGGCCUGGCCCAGUUACAUCAACUGCCCCAGCUUUGGAAGAAGGCCUUUGACCUGACGGGCCUGCUGCCCAGCCAGAAGAGGGCCAGAGAGGAGGAGGAGGAGCAGGAGCAGGAGCAGGAGAUGAGUGAGAAGCCAGAGGACGUCCAGCGGACUCUGCUGAGGAGCGUGACUGGGGUCCUGCUGGGGUCCGAGGCUUCAGACGCUGACGAUGCUCAUCCACUGGAGCUGGAGAUUUACAAAGACCCGGAGGAGGAACAAGAAGGUGGGGAAAGACAGGAGGAGGUGGAAAAACAACAGACGGCGGUGAAGCCAAAAGAAAUGGAGGAGGACUGGAAGGAGAAGAAGCUGGAGGAAGGAAAGGAGACACAAGAGGACACAAAGGAGGUAAACAAGGAGAGACGAGAGACCAGGAUUGUGACGGGGGAAGAGGUCGGGGAUGAGUGGAAAAUCAAGAGCAGGACUGAAGGUGGGGCUGAAGGUCCGUAGACGUGGAGCAGUAUCCAGAUUCUCACUUCUGACAAGUGACACAGGACCAGUAAACCAAACUGUGUGGUCCGGUCCAGUCCGGUCAGGUUUGGUCCUGUCCGGUUCAGAUGCAACGAUGAACAGAAAUAAAUGAACCUGAAAAACAUGAACCCGAUCCUGACCUGGUGUCAGUGUGAUGAGGUGAUGACAUUACGUUUGUAUUUAAAAGGAAUGAGUUUUUAUGAAUGAACGUUUUGUGUCCAGCUUCAUUUGUGUUCUGACAGAUUGUGGGUCGACUUGUCUCAUGGAUUUACCAUUUACAACCAUGAGCUGUAAAACUGAAUCUGGAGCCAGGAACCAGGUAACGGACGGCGGCUGCAGUUAGAUGUAAAUGAACGUCCACACAGUUGAUGGAACUGGACUUUGGACUUUCCCACAGCUUUGACGCUCUGGGACCAGCAGAAGUCCGUUGGGUCAGCAGGUCCAACUGCUCUGGUGCUGAUGUACAGACAAUAAACUUAAUUCAUGCAUUCCAACA